AUGGUUUCUGCGUACGUUCGGUACUUAUCGCCAACGUGGGGCGUGGUGGCCGCCCUCCUCGGCGGGUUCUUAUUUUUAGAGACCUUCGCAACGCCUUUCCACCGCCAAUUCUACGUUCCCGACCCGCGCAUCAGCUAUCCGUACACUGCUGACAGCAUUCCGGACGCUCGUUUGGCGGUGUAUGCCUGCGUGGUGCCCUGUGUGCUGAUCGUGCUGGCGACGGCGACGCAGUAUCUGCGGUCGUCGCGCGACCAGAAACAGCGCAUUGUCCACUUAGCCAAUGUUUCGUGUCUUGCUCUGGCAUUGGCCCUAGGGCUCAACGGAUUCGUGACCGAAUUUAUUAAAGUCAAGGUUGGCAGGCCUAGACCGGACUUUUUGGACCGAUGCGGUUUGUCGCCUAAAUCUCCGGUUCCGGGACUGUACACUGUCGCCGAUUGCACCGCGCCGUACGGAGAAAAAGCGCUCCAGGACGGUUUCAAGUCGUUUCCAUCGGGCCACUCGUCCUUUGCGUGGUGCGGGAUGAAUUUCCUCAACUUGUGGAUCAGUGGCCACUACAGGCUGUACACGGGGCGUUCGGGCUUUUCCGUGAGCAAGUUGGUGCCGCUGGGGCCGGCCCUCGUGGCUCUCCAUAUCUGUAUCAGCCGUUCGCAGGACUACAAACACGACGCGCUGGACAUCACGUGCGGGUCGCUGCUAGGACUCGCGGCGUCGUGGUGGUCGUACCGCCAGUUCUUCCCGUCCGUGGCGGACGACAGCAGCGACCUCCCGCUCGUGCCCGCGCAGGAGCCCGUGCUACCGGUGUAG